CUUGCCUACUCGGGCUACGGGGACACGGACGCCAGGGUCACCGCGGCCAUCGCCAGCAACAUCUGGGUGGCCUACGACAAGAACGGCCACCAGGCAUUCAAUGAGGACAACCUCAAAUUCAUCCUCAUGGACUGCAUGGAGGGGCGAGUGGCCAUCACCCGGGUGGCAAACCUGCUGCUCUGCAUGUACGCGAAGGAGACGGUUGGAUUUGGGAUGCUGAAGGCCAAGGUAACGCUGGUGGGGAGGGGACUGCGGGGGCCCCAGGGCCGUGCAUG